GUUCUUCCAACGAUCCCAAACCAAGUCUACUCAAUUGACCUGUUAUUUCAUUUUAUACCAUCGGUUAGUUGCCAAUUGCAAACCCUACAGUUGUGAACAUUGCUAGGAUAGCUUCUCAGAUAAAGUUAACGUCAAUUCUCAGGUCAUCAACUCUCAGGUCAAUUCUCAGGUCAGUUCUCAGGUCAAUUCUCAGGUCAAUUCUCAGUACAGGUUGAAUUUUCUCAUCAUCGCCUUUGAUUUCCACCAUGUCAUACAUCUCCGGCGUAGCAUUCACUUCGCUUGUAACCACCUCCCACGAGGCCUAUCUCGCGGCGAUCGCAUUUUAUACCGGUCUCGGCUUCACAAUCGUGCGCAACUACACCAAGACCGUUAACCUCCAAGAAGGUAGCUACAACUUGGCGGGUAUUUCCGCCGGAUCGCUCCGCGAGUGCUGGCUUGAGAGUUUCCCUCUCACGCCGCUCGGGGCCACGGGUGCAAAGAAGCCGGCGCAAGAGUGCACUUCUGUCCAAACAACCGACGAGACGGUGUUAAAGCUCCGUUUGGCGACGGACUCCACGGACCACGCAGUAUGCCAGUUACCAAACUCUGGUGCGGUCGUGUUUUUCUCCGCAAAUAUCGCAGAGCUCCGCCGCAAGCUCGCGGCAAUGGACAUCCCAACCAUCGAAGAACCAGCUGCCCAUGUGGACUUCUAUGUGCACGACCCGUUGGGCAACCGCAUCGGGUUCUCCUCUCAGCAGCGCCCAUUUCUUGCACCAUGCCUUUCCGCGGACCAGUACACGGAGGACUCCCCGGAAGCGGUUGCGGCACCACGGCGCGCGGCCUCCGGCAAGAAGAAGAUUGCCGUGAUGACAUCGGGCGGAGAUGCGCCCGGAAUGAACCCCGCGGUACGCGCGGUCGUGCGUGCGGGGAUCUAUGCGGGCUUUGACGUGUUUGCGAUCUACGAGGGUUACGAAGGGCUCGUCGGUGGCGGUGCGCAGAUCAAGCAAAUGGCGUGGGCAGACGUCCGCGGAUGGUUGUCUCUCGGUGGAACGUUGAUCGGAACAGCGCGGUGUGCUGCGUUCCGAGAGCGUGCGGGGCGGCUCCAGGCGUGCUACAAUUUGAUUGUACAGGGCAUUGAUGCGUUGGUUGUCUGUGGCGGUGACGGCUCUCUUACCGGCGCCGACACCUUCAGAUCUGACUGGCCAUCUCUCACGGCGGAGCUCGUGUCACUCGGAAGGCUCACCCCCGAACAGAUCGCACCAUACCCCGAGUUGACUGUCGUGGGGUUGGUCGGCUCUAUUGACAACGACAUGGCCACCACCGACACAACCAUCGGUGCGUACUCGUCGCUCGAACGCAUCUGCGAGAUGGUCGACUACAUCGACGCGACGGCAAACUCGCACUCGCGCGCAUUCGUGGUGGAGGUCAUGGGCCGCCACUGCGGUUGGUUGGCGCUCAUGGCAGGCUUGGCGACCGGUGCGGACUACAUCUUCAUCCCGGAGCGUCCUCCGAAAAAGGACGAGUGGGCCGCGGAAUUGCGUGCGGUCGCGCACCGCCACCGGGAGAAGGGCAAGCGCCGUACAACGGUGAUUGUGGCUGAAGGCGCCAUCGACGACGAGCUCAACCCCAUCACCAGCGAUGACGUGCAGGCAGUGCUCAGCGGCAUGGGUCUUGACUCGCGUAUCACUACGUUGGGUCACGUACAGCGCGGGGGUUCGGCCGUCGCGUACGAUCGUGCGCUCGCGACGCUCCAGGGCUGCGAGGCGGUGUACGCGAUUGCGGAAAUGGAGCCGGGCACGCCAUCGCCGAUGAUUGGUGUUCAGGGGAAUAAGAUUGUUCGCACACCGCUCGUGGAGGCAGUGAGAGUCACCCAGUCGGUGGCCAAGGCCAUUGAGGCCCGCGACUUUGACGCCGCCAUGGCGUUGCGUGACGCCGAGUUUAGUGACACGUACAAGAUGUUCAUAUCGACGUCGAUGUGCGACGACGGGCGCGACAUUCUUCCCGAAUCCGCGCGCUUAAACAUCGGGAUCAUCCAUGUGGGUGCACCCUCGUCGGGAUUGAACCCGGCCACGCGUGCGGCGGCGCUCUACUGCUUGUCCAAGGGCCAUAGUCUCUUUGCGAUUGAGAACGGGUUCACGGGGCUCAUCUCUGAGGGCCGACUCCGCAAGCUUGAGUGGUUGGACGUGGAGAACUGGCACAAUUUGGGGGGCUCUGAGAUUGGCACCAACCGAAGUCUCCCGUCGGAAAACUUUGGCCAGGUCGCGUACUGCUUGCAGAAGUUUGCGCUCGACGGGUUGAUUAUCGUGGGGGGGUUUGAAGCGUUUGUGGCGUUGCACGAGUUGGAGACCGCGCGUCCGAACUACCCCGUGUUCCGCAUCCCGCUUGUUUGUCUCCCCGCGACACUUUCAAACAAUGUUCCCGGGACGGAGUAUUCCUUGGGGUCCGACACCUGUUUGAACGUGUUGACCGGUUACUGCGACGCGAUCAAGCAAUCCGCGUCAGCGUCGCGGCGCCGGAUUUUCGUUGUGGAGGUGCAAGGGGGGAAUUCCGGAUACCUCGCAGCCUUCACAUCGCUCAUCACCGGCGCCCUUGCGACGUACGCGCCGGAGGAAAAGGUGACGUUGAGAAAGAUCCAGGAAGACAUUGCGCUUCUCCACGAAUCCUUCUCCAAGGAUGUUGGUGACAACCGUGGCGGCAAGUUGCUCAUCCGCAACGAAAAAGCGUCAAAGAUUUAUUCCACCGAGUUGAUUGCGGACAUUAUCAAGGAGAGUGGUAAAGGCCGAUUUGAGAGUAGAACCGCGAUCCCAGGGCACGUGCAACAGGGUCGCGCACCAUCGUCGUUGGACCGCACCUACGCCGCCAGGCUCGCCAUCAAGAGCUGCAUGUUCAUCGAGUACUUGGUGCGCGAGGGGCGCAGCUCGCGUGGUGAGCCAACCGUGCCGUACGACGAGUACUUUGUCAAGUCGGUAGAACGCCAUAUGUUGCCUGGUGGCAAGACCGCUGUCGUGAUUGGAGUUGAGGCGGCCGAGAUCAAGUUCCGUGACAUUUCGGACUUGUGGACGCACGAGGCAAAUGUGGAGUUGCGUAAGGGCCGUACCAUUCACUGGCAGCAUAUGAACGGUGUGACCGAUAUGUUGAAUGGCCGUGCGGUCAUGCGCGAACGCACGGGCUCGCAAUAAUAUGUCGAAAGGUAAGUUAUGAUGUGCCAUGUCGUAGGCUUGCAGAUUUUUCUGUCAAGUCCAUUCUGGGUAGGGGGGCAGGGAACAGCUAUGUAAUCUCUCUAUAAUAUUAUUUUUUGAACUAUUCUGCCGGAUGACGACUUUGAAUCCUUAGUUGUUGUCCACAGGACUAUUUCUCUGAGUAUUUACGUUUUAGAAACGAUUAUAUUGCGAUUCAAGUGAUGUACAUAGUGGAUACCAUUGACUAUGAGAAAAGUUUUUGUUCUAUGCAAUAGAUUUAAUCGAGGCGAUA